AUGACGUCUGCACAACAUCAGGAAGUUUCGAUUACUGAACCAUUGGCAUCUGCUCAUAUUGCCGAUAAUGUUCAUGUUAAAUCUGUUAUUAAUACAGAAACACAACCAAAAGUUGGUAUGGAAAAUACGGCUAAAAUGAUACAAUUAAUGUCGAAACUUAGUUCAACACACUGUCAAAUCGAUGAAUAUGCAAAACGUCGGCACGAACAAAUAAGUGCUGAAACUCAAGCGUAA